AUGAUAAAAAAAGUUAAUGAAGGAUCGUACGCAAAGGUUUAUUUAUCAGAAUACAGAAAUCCUAACAAAAAUGACAAGUUAUCCAUACUAGCAUGCAAGGUCAUCGACACCAGCACAGCGCCUAAGGAUUUCGUCAAAAAAUUUUUACCAAGAGAAAUUGAAAUGUUAAUAAAACUCAAUCAUCCGCAUCUUGUACAUACACAUAGCAUAUUUCAGAGAAGAUAUAAAUAUUUCAUUUUCAUGCGGUACAUGGAACACGGCGACUUGCUUGAAUACAUACUGCAAAGAGGAGCUGUUCAAGAAGACCAAGCAAGAAUCUGGACGAGGCAAUUGGCACUCGCCGUUCAGUACAUGCACGAAUUAGAAAUAGCCCACAGAGAUAUCAAGUGUGAAAAUGUGCUUCUCACUGCUAAUCAAAACGCUAAAUUGUCCGACUUUGGUUUCGCAAGAAUGUGUGUCGAUAAAGAUUUCUUGGAUAUUCACAGUGAAACAUUUUGUGGAUCGCUAUCAUACACAGCACCAGAGAUAUUACAAGGUAGUCCUUACUACCCGAAGCCGACCGAUAUUUGGUCUCUCGGUGUGGUACUUUAUGUAAUGUUAAACCGCGCUAUGCCCUUCGAGGACAAACAUAUAAAACAAUUAUAUCAAGCUCAGAUAAAUAAAAAUUGGAAGUUUCGCUCGCGAUAUAUUGAUUGUAUAUCAGAUAAUUGUAAGCGUUUGGUAACACUGAUGUUAGAACCAAAUCAUGCAAAUAGAGUUGGUAUCGACUACAUACUAAACAGUGAAUGGAUAGCAAUGGACUCGAGAUUAUUAGAAUUGACAAUUCAAGAAAAUACUGCAUUCCAAAAAGCACGAGACGAAAAAGAAAUGCUCUUAAAGAAGUUGCAGGUCCGCGGUGUCCAAGACACAAAGGAUAGUAGUGUGGAAAAUGAAUCAUCGUUAACGAAAGGGAACCCUGUUAACACUACAGUAGAUAUGGCAACGACGGCUUCGACAUCAUCUUGGUAA